AUGGGAUGGCUCAGUCCUCUCCAACCAUCUUUACAAUCGGAUAAUUCACCUUUAGGUAUAAGACCAUUGACGACCGAAGAAAUUUCAUGGAUCGGAUCAUUACCGAGCGUGUCACUAAUAUUGGGCUCCCCAUUUUUCGGUUACAGCCUUAACAGAUUCGGUAGAAAAUUAACGUGUCUUAUUGCCACGGUACCUAAUUUAAUAAAUUACAUAUUACUCCUAUAUUCUAAAAACGUUUACGUUAUUUAUUUGGCACGUUUAAUCGGAGGAUUUUGUUCGAGCGGCGGAUUCGUCAUGUGUCCGAUAUACAUAAACGAAACGUCGGAAACUCGAAUGAGAGGAUUAUUGGGAGGCCUAAUGGGAUUUAUAAUUAAAAUCGGCGUCAUUUUUUCAUACGUUCUCGGAAGUUACACGUCUUACACGACGCUCAAUUUGAUCAGCGCUUUGCCGACGAUAUUUUUUCUCAUUUGUUAUUUUUGGUUACCGGAAUCACCGGUUUAUCUAGUGACACAAAAUAAAAGAGAAGAAGCCAUAGUGGCAUUAGAAAAAUUAAGAGGAUCCGAUUUUAAAUUAAUCGAAAAAGAAUUAAAUCAAAUAGAUGAAAUAAUAAAAAGCGAUUCGUCCGCUAAAAAUAUAUCAUAUAAAUGUCUUUUCACGAACGUGGCAACAGCAAGAGGUUUGCUCAUAGUAUGCGGCAUGUACACGUUUCAAAUGUUGUGCGGAUAUCCGGCGAUUGUGCGGUACGCGGUUAACAUUCUUCAAAAUUCUUCAAGUAAUUUAUCACCGGAUGUUGGAGCGAUUAUAAUUGCGGUCGGACAACUUUUAGCUUGUUUGGCAGGAGCUACUCUUAUCGAUAAACUUGGUAGAAAAACAUUAGUGAUGACAUCAACGGCAAUUAUGUGUAUUAAUUUGAUCAUAUUUUCCGGUUGCAUAUUCGGUCUUUCUUAUUUCGAAACGACAAAAUAUUCCGACGUUAUAAAAACGGUACCUACUGCCACGUUGAUAUUAUUCAUAUGCGGUUAUGCAUUGGGCUACGGUUCGGUACCUUUUCACGUGGCGUUCUCAAACGGUCACCCAUCCAAGUUUGCACCACGCCCGAUGCUGCUUAACUUCGCCAACAUAUGCGUGAGUUUAUUGGAAUUCGUAGUCGUUAAAAUGUAUCCGACGAUAUCCGUUUGGCUGGGUUUGGGUCCGACAUUUUUAAUAUUUGUUUUCAAUUGCAUUGUCGGUUUAAUUUUCUAUUAUUUUAUAAUGAUCGAAACAAAAAAUUUAGAAUUCGAAACCGUACAUAAAUUAUUAUCUAAUAAAAGUCCGAGAGUUAAAAAUAUUGAUAAGGAAAUAUUAAAACCUCUCAGGUAUAAUAAUGACAUUGAAAACAAAUAA